GUUGUGUCAAAUGCUGCUGGACAGGGUGUUGCCAUCACUGGGAACAAUACUUUCAACAACUGGAAUUGGCCUAAUGCUGUGAUCUUUGCUGCUACUGUGAUCACUACAAUCGGUUACGGAAAUGUUUCUCCAAAGACACCCUCUGGGCGUCUCUUCUGCAUAUUUUAUGGGCUCUUUGGAGUUCCUCUCUGCUUGACAUGGAUCAGUGCUCUGGGGAAGUUCUUUGGAGGACGUGCCAAGAGGCUGGGCCAGUUUCUGACGAAAAGAGGAGUAAGCCUGAGGAAAGCACAAAUUACAUGCACAGCUAUUUUCAUUGUUUGGGGUGUCUUGGUCCAUCUGGUUAUUCCUCCCUUUGUCUUUAUGGUGACCGAAGGAUGGGAUUACAUUGAAGGCCUCUAUUUCUCAUUCAUCACUAUCACCACCAUAGGAUUUGGAGAUUUUGUUGCUGGUGUAAAUCCAGAUGCAAACUACCAUGCCCUUUACAGAUAUUUUGUGGAGUUAUGGAUCUAUCUGGGACUAGCUUGGCUUUCACUCUUUGUUAACUGGAAGGUCAGUAUGUUUGUGGAAGUCCACAAGGCAAUCAAGAAACGGAGGAAAAAAAGAAAAGAGUCAUUUGAUAACCAUCCUCGGUCUAAAAAACCCCUUCAAAUGGGUACCUCAAAGGAUGUCAACAUCUUCAGCUUCCUCUCAAAGAAGGAAGAGACAUACAAUGAUCUUAUUAAGCAAAUUGGGAAGAAGGCCCUGAAGACAAACAAUGACAAAAUGAUUAAAGUUGAAAAUACCAAACAGAAUAUGCAGAAUGCCAGUAUAGAUGCCCAGGUGACUUACACAAAGACAGAGUCGUUUGAGUACGAUGAGGUUUCCCUGGACAUUCAAAAUGGCCAUGUACUGAGACCCCUGCAUGAUAAACGUAUUGGAGACAGCCCUCUAGAAGGAACCAUGUUUGUAAACCAGCUAGACAGGAUUAGUGAAGAAGAAGGCGAAGUGUGGGAUUCCAGAGACUAUCGACCCUUAAUAUUUGAUAAUGCCAAUAUAACAUUUGUAAAUGAAGAUGAUGACGAAGAGGAAGAUAUCUCGGAUGAUGAGGAAACAUCAAAAUCCUCCAUGGAUGAUAAUCUCGCAGAGGAAUCUGAAACUGCAAAAAAACUGGUAAAAUUCCCAUCCUCUGAUGAAUCUACCUUUACCAAUAACGAGCUAGAACUUUCUGUGCCUUAUGAACAACUGAUGAAUGAAUAUAAUACAGUAAGCAAUGUGAAGGCUGCAACGUGA